AUGAAUAUCGAUAACGCAUAUAAACGUGCUGUAUUAUAUUUUUUCUUUUCGAGUGGUGAAACUGCCAGAUCUGCAGCAAUAAAAAUUAAUAAUGUACAUGGUGCACAUACUAUUAGUGUAAGGACUGCUCAGAAAUGGUUCGAAAAAUUUAAACUUGGAAAAAGCAACAUUAAUGAUGAACCCCGUUCAGGACGUCCUGUCGAUUUUGAUAACGACGUUCUUAAGAAUCUUGUGGAGUCAGAGCCACAUUUAACAGUGGAUCAGAUCGCAGAAAAGAUGCAUUCAUCUCAUGGGACAGUCUUUCGUCAUUUAAAGGAGAUUGGAAAAGUAUCCAAGCUUGGGAAGUGGGUACCACACGAGCUGUCCGAAGUCAAUUGCCAGCAGCGAUUAAACAUCUGCAUUUCCCUUCUAUCGCGCUUUGAAAGAGAACCAUUUUUAGAUCGUUUGGUAACAGGUGACGAAAAAUGGAUUAUUUAUGAUAACAUCACCAGAAAAAGACAAUGGACAGACAAAGUUAAGCAGCCAAUUUAA